UUAUUUAAUCAGUAUCUCUGUUUAACCGGUUUCCAAUCCAAAUUAAAAUUAAAAUACCAAGCAGUUGAAGAGACAAAAUGAUUUGGGAGAAUUUUUGCUUGCAUAAACUAAACGUGUGUUACCCCCAGGUGUUGAAUUCACAAAAUAGCAAACACAGCUAGAAAAACAAUAUCAGCAUUUCUUUGGCUCUUUUCUGUGAAGAAGAAUAGGAAAACAGACCGUAGCAUUUAAAGAAAAGAUUCACUUCAUUUUUGUUUUGAAAUAUACAGUGGUGUUUUUCAGGAAAAUAGAUUGAUCAUGACCAAAUGUGAAAGUGUAAUAUUAAAUGAUUGCUUUCAUUUUCGGAAACUAUCACUGAACCAAGSAAAAAGAUAUGUGAUCUUAGUCCACUAUUACUUGGCUAUACUAUUUGAUUUAUUCAAUUCCCCUAUUAUUGACUUAGCUGUUACCGAAUCUCGAUCAAUUACAUUAAUUUAGUGGCUCAGUUUUAUUAGCCAGUUACCUUUUAACAAGUGUAUCCUCGAAACUUCAAACUUCUACAUGAAAGACCUCRCUCGAACAAUCCAGAAAUAGUGUAGGUUGCGCAAAAUGUCGUGGAAUUUCUAUUUCCAUUUACGUUUUAUUUKCCUUAUUUUAUAUAACGUUUAUCUAUGUCAUAGUAGUAGUCCCAAAGUAGUAGAACUUACUAAUGCAAGCACUGACAAAUUCAUUGAUGGAACAAAGUUUGUUUUUGUGUUUUUCUACGCUUCUUGGGACGAGCAAUCGACUAAAAUCAUGGGAACGUAUGGYGAUGUGGCGGACGCGUUCAAACAUCGUAAAGACAUCGUUAUUGCUAAAGCAAACGGUUAUGAAGAUACAAAGCUGGCGAUAAGGUUUUGGAUUGAUCGUUUUCCGUCUUUUCGAUUCUUUGUUAAAGGAAGUACAACAGAAGAAACGUACAAGGGUGGAAAGAGGCCAGACGACCUUAUACGUUUCAUCCAAACUCGUUCUGAAAUAACUUUUGAUAAGAGUGUUUUCAUGCGUCCCGUCAUUGAAUUAGACGUUUCCAACUUUGAGCGCAUUAUCAAAGACAGAACAAAGAAUGURCUUGUAUUCUACUAUAAUGGUUUCUGCGAGCUCUGCAGGAAAAUGGAGUACACACUACAUCAGCUUGGUCAAACGUUCAGUAACGARCCUGAUUGUGUGGUAUCCAGAUUAGAUUGUGACAUCAAUGCGGAGAUUUGUCUAGAUCAGCUAAUACCUCACUAUCCAACAAUUAAGAUUUAUCCUCGCAGUAACAAAGAUGGCUACACUUACGAACCAGGAAAGAAGAACGAGUUUUACAGCGAAACUAAUAUGACAACUUUCAUGAAUGCACUUUGCAAAACUCAACGAGUAAAAGAAGGAMGGCUUGAUGAACGGGCCGGAAGAGUCGAAGAGUUUGACAAGUUGGCAGCCAAAUUUAUGAAAGACUGGGAGAGACGAGAACAUAUUCUAAGAGAAGUUGAAGGGAAAUCUAAAUCUCACGAUUCAAGGGAGUAUGCCGAGUACUACGCUACCGUCAUGGGGAGAGUUAUAAAGGAGGGCGCGCAUGUAGUCGGCCAUGAGAUCGAGAGACUAGAACGACUAAUCGCUGGUCAAGUUCAUCCAAGGAAGAUCGAUGAGCUGGAAAAACGCAAAAAUAUUUUAAARCAAUUCCACGGGUYUCAUCAUGAAAGAGACGAACUAUGAAGGACUUUCCCUUCGUGAAGCACAAG